AUGCGGCCUCCGGAGAUGACUUAUAGCCCUGCCUACCAGGACCAGCAAGCGGGCGGUCCCCUUCUUGCUUCUCCUGCUCCUCCUCCGCCGCCGCCUCCGCCGACUGCCCGCCGAUCUCUCGACCACCCCUCUGUCUCUGGCGGAGUGCUCUGCCAGUCCUCCGACUCAUUUGACGGCCACAACGCCAGUCCGAGCACUCGCUCUCACAUCCUCGAUCGCUCCCACGCGGUCUCCGCCCGUCCGGGGACGACCUCCGCGUCCAUUGGUACCCGGACAUCCGUCUCUAGCACCACGCACAAGGAAGCCCGCACCCGCACCGGCUCGGCGGAUCAGCCGUCCAUGUCCAGCGGGCUGGGGAGUCCCGGUGCAGCCCGCGGGCCGAAACGAAGUACUCCCGAGGACGAUGCUUCGACCGAUGACGGCGAGGAUGCGUUGUUGAUGCUGUUCCGCCUCUCCCUCCCCGUCCCAAUCUUCUCCCUCGCCGCCUUUCUCUACACCAUCUCCGCCAUCGUCUUCGCCGUCCUGAUCUCCCCGCUUCGUCUCUGCCCCGUUUCCCACUACCUCUCCACCACCUCCUUCGCCUCGCAGCUCUGCGACCUCCUCUCUCCAGCACUGCAUAUCCACGAACGUCUAGUCAACCUAGGCCCACCCUCCAACACAGCUCGCUCCCCAUCCACACAAUGGAUCCCCGAAAACCCAGACCCCGAGCCCCGCGGAACGGUGGCCCUCUCCCCGGACUCGCACGAGUACUACUCCGUGACAGGUCUGAUGAUCGUCCUGAUGCUCUCCGUGUUCGGAUGUCUUGCUAUCCUGCUCUCUGUCUGGACAGCGGCCUUCUUCUGGAUCUUUGCUAUGAUGCUGGGUAACCCCGACGGCACGGAGCGCAGCGAUGAUGGCCGUGCUGCUGUGCUGGGUGUUUGUAAGUGGUGGCAGACUUGGUUGGGGAAGGCGAGGAAGUCACAUAACUAG